GCUUUCUAGUGUUACUUCAUUUCCUCAGAGUCUAAAAGGCAGGGUCAACCUUUUCCUCAGCUCCACGGAGAGUGCCCACCAUGGUCCUGUCGCUGAUACUCCAGCUGUCGACUCUCUGUGAGCUGUCCCUCCCCUGGCCUGCAUGCCAUGCUGACUUCACACCAACAGCGCCCCUAGCCUCAUACGCCCAGCCAUGGCUGGGCGCUCAUCCUGCUGCAGUUGUGACUCCUGGAAUCAACGUGACCUUGAGUUGCCGUGCACCUCAACCUGCCUGGCGGUUUGCACUCUUCAAAAGUGGCCUUGUCACCCCUCUUCUCCUCCGGGAUGUAUCCGUUGAGCUGGCUGAGUUCUUCCUGGAAGAAGUGACUCCGGCCCAGGGGGGCAGUUAUCACUGCUGCUACCGCAAGACAGGCUGGGGGCCAGGUGUCUGGUCUCAGCCCAGUAAUGUUCUGGAACUGCUGGUAACAGAUCAGCUCCCCAGACCAUCACUGGUGGCACUGCCUGGGCCUGUGGUGGCCCCGGGAGCCAACGUAAGCCUGCGCUGUGCAGGCCGCAUACCGGGCAUGAGUUUUGCACUGUACCGCGUAGGUGUGGCAACCCCUCUGCAGUAUAUUGACUCUGUGCAGCCCUGGGCUGACUUCCUUUUGAUCGGCACACACACACCUGGCACCUACUGUUGCUAUUACCACACGCCUUCUGCCCCCUAUGUGCUAUCACAGCGCAGCCAGCCACUGGUCAUCAGUUACGAAGGUUCUGGCUCCUUGGACUAUACCCAGGGAAACCUCAUCCGUUUGGGGCUGGCAGGAAUGGUCCUCAUCUGCUUGGGCAUCGUAGUUACUUGUGAUUGGCACAGCAGGAGCUCUGCCUUUGAUGGUCUCCUGCCCCAGCAAAACUGAAGAGACUGCCUGGAGAUGGACAGAGAAGCUGGGAUCCUUGGUGACCAGCCCCUCUGGAACACUCUAGGCCUCCAGACUCCACUAGAUUAAUCCUUCUUCACCACUCUGUUAGGCUUGUUGAAGGAUUAAAGGAAGUGACUGGCCUGUGGUAAAUGAUGCUCAGUUAAUGUCAGUGACCUUAUCCUCCCUUGAGAACCUCUGUUUCCUUCCUGUACCUUAUUUCCUGCCCCCCACCUCUCCUUUCUCUUUCUUUUUGGCCGUGUUGGGGUCAUAGGUUCAUUCUACCACACCCAGCAAAAAUUUCUAAUUCCAUAUUUUAAGGGUGAUACUCAUGCCUCAGCCGUGUGUAGAGGCAAAAAGACAACUUCCAGGAGUUGAUUUUCUCUGUCCAUCCUGUAGGUCCCAGGGUUUGAACUCAGGCUGCCAGGCUUAGCCACAACAACUUUACCCGCUGAACCCUCUGGCUGGCUCCUAAGUAAUUUAUGUUUUUAUAUAUAUGAGUGUUUUGCCUGUAUGCAUGGUAUCACUUGUAGGCCUCGCUCCCCAAGGAAGCCAGAAGAAGGCAUCUGAUCUCUUGGAAUUAGAGUUACAGAUGGGUGUGAGCCACCAUGUGGUGCUAGAAGCUCCAACCCAGGUCCUCUGGAAGAGUAGCCAGUACUCUUAACUGCUGAGCCAUCUCUCCAAGGCCCCCAAAUCUAUAAGAUUAAAGUACUCAAUCUCUCUUCUCUUCCAAUGUUUUGGGGGUUUGUUCGUUUGUUUUUUAGUGCAAUUUUUUAGGUCCUUCUACAUGCUAGGCAAGUACUUUACCCCUGUGCUACAACCCCAUCUCCCAGGUAAUUUUUAAAAAAUUAAUCAUAAAUUUUUGAUGUUUUGAAAACAGUCUUAUUCUGUAACAUAAGAUGACUUGAACUUGAAUAAAUGUUCCUGCCUCGGCCUCUUGAAUACCAAAA